AUGGUGUCGGAUUUUCCGACAAGUGGUCGUCCAGCCAGUGGUCAUCCGGCCAGUGAUCGUCCGGCCAGUGGUCGUCCGGCCAGUGGUCGUCCGGCUAGUGGUCGUCUGGCCAGUAGACGUCUGGCCAGUGGUGGUCGUGUGGCCAGUGGUGGUCGUCUUGCCAGUGGUCGUCCAGCCGGUGGUCGUCUAGCCAGUGGUCGUCCAGCCAGAGGUCGUCCGGCCAGUGGUCGUCCGGCCAGUGGUCGUUUGGUCAGUGGUCGUCUGGCCAGUGGUCGUACGGCUAGUGGUCGUCCGGCCAGUGGUCGUCUGGCCAGUGGUCGUCCGCCCAGUGGUCGUCCGGCCAGUGGUCGUACCGCCAGUGGUCGUCCGGUCAGUGGUCGUCCGGAUAGUGGUCGUCCGGCCAGUGGUCGUCCGGCCAGUGGUCGUCCAGCCAGUGGUCGUUCGGCCAGUGGUCGUCUGGCCAGUGGUCGUCUGACCAGUGGUCGUCCGGCCAGUGGUCGUACCGCCAGUGGUCGUCCGGUCAGUGGUCGUCCGGAUAGUGGUCGUCCGGCCAGUGGUCGUCCGGCCAGUGGUCGUCCAGCCAGUAAUCGUUCGGCCAGUGGUCGUCCGGCCAGUGGUCGUCUGGCCAGUGGUCGUCUGGCCAGUGGUCGUCUGGCCAGUGGACGUCUGGCCAGUGGUCGUCCGGCCAGUGGUCGUCUGGCCAGUAGACGUCUGGCCAGUGGUGGUCGUGUGGCCAGUUGUGGUCGUCUGGCCAGUGGUCGUCUGGCCAGUGGUCGUCCGGCCAGUGGUCGUCCGGCCAGUGGUCGUCUGGCCAGUGGUCGUCCGGCCAGUGGUCGUCUGGCCAGUGGUCGUUUGGUCAGUGGUCGUCUGGCCAGUGGUCGUACGGCUAGUGGUCGUCUGGCCAGUGGUCGUACGGCCAGUGGCCGUCCUGCCAGUGGUCGUCUGGCCAGUGGUCGUCUGGCCAGUGGUCGUCUGGCCAGUGGUCGUCUGGCCAGUGGUCAUCUGGCCAGUGGUCAUCCGGCCAGUGGUCGUCUAGCCAGUGGUCAGGUUAUGGCGACUGUUCCCCCUGACACUAGCAGGUUAUGGCGACUGUCCCCCUGA